AUGUUCGACCCGAACUUGCCGGUCGUCGUGACCACUGAUGCCUCCGACUGUGGUCUGGGAGCCGUGUUACAGCAACGAAGUGAAGAAGGGUUACAGACUGUUGCCUUUGCAUCUCGCACGCUUUCUUCCGCUGAACGUAAAUACUCCGUCGGUGAAAAAGAAGCAUUGGCGUGGCUAUUUGCGUGCGAACAAUGGCACGUGUACCUGUGGGGGAGACGAUUUUUAUUACGAACUGACCACCAAGCUCUGGUAACCUUACUAUCAUCUGGUGGGUCCGGCCGGCGACCAGUCCGCAUUUCGAGAUGGACAGCGAGACUGCUUUACUACAAGUUCGAAGUCCAGUACCAGCGUGGAUCUGAUAACGUGGUAGCAGAUGCCCUUUCGAGACUACCUGCUUCAGCUACGCAAGCUCCCAAUCUUCAAGAAGAAAUUAUUGCUACAAUAUCCGCAUACAUUUCCAAAGACGAGGUGCAGAAGAGCGUUGAAGAUGAUCAUGUACUUCAGAAAGUAAUGGAAUUUGUGACUACCGGGUGGCCAGGAAAGAAAGAAGUGACGAAGGAGCUAUGGCCAUUUUACCAUGUCAAAGCUGAACUGUCUGUAGUGGACGGCCUCUUGCUCAGGGACAACAAAGUUGUUAUACCAGAAGCAUUAACUUCAACGUUUGUGGAAUUUGCACACGACAGUCACCAAGGGAUCGUGCGAACUAAGCAAAGACUACGUAACAAUUUUUGGUGGCCGAAAAUGGAUAGCCAAGUAGAAGCUGCGGUGAGAAAUUGUUUGGUGUGUCAGUCAUGCGACAAAACGGCCAAACCGUCAUUUAUGCCGAUGCAACCAGUCCCCUUCCCAGAGGAGCCAUGGGAGCAAGUAGCCAUGGACAUCGUGGGUCCAUUUCACAACGCUCCUCCAGGCUGCAAGUUCGCAAUAACCCUCGUCGACUACCAUUCGAAGUGGCCAGAAGUGGGUUUAACGGAUUCCGUCACCUCUCGUACAGUAAUGGACUUUCUUCUGGCUAUAUUCAGCAGGGAAGGCUACCCUGCGACCGUGCUGACCGACAACAGGCCCCAAUUUAAGUCCAAAGCGUUCGAAAACUUCUUAUCAGAGAGGGGUAUCAGGCACAAUACGUCCUCGCUCUACUACCCGCAGGCGAACGGCCUCGUUGAGAGAUUUAAUAGAGUACUAAAGGAUUUUGUUCAAAUUGCGCUUCUGGAGAGUAGACCGUUGAAAAGCGCCAUUCUCAACUACCUUGCCUCAUAUAGAUGUACCCCACAUGCUACAACUGGGGCCUCCCCUGCCAUGUUACUACAUGGACGGCAGCCAAGGACGAAAGUUGACAUUGUAGGCCUACCAUCCGGGAAACUUCAUCCAAAGCCAGCGCCAACAAAGGAAGUUCUACGAAAGCACGUAGAAGGAAAGCAAAGUUAUUCUAAGAGAUACACAGACGCACACAGGAGUGUGAAGAAACCGAUAUUUAAAGAAGGAGACUGCGUGAGAGUGAGGAAAUCGAUUCCGCAAGGGAAAGGCGCCUUGUCAUACACAAGGCCUCUAAAAAUUGUCAAGCAGAAAGGGGUUGGAACGUUUGUGCUCGAAGAUGGGCGUACAUGGAAUGCAUCAAAGUUGGUUGCUGCUUCACACAUAACGCAACCAGUGGAACAAGACCGUUCAGGACCACAUUUUUGGCACUUGCGUGAUCUGCAUCGGCGAAACAUCCGACCAUCACGUUAUCUGUAA